UAGCAUCUCUGGCUCAACAAGACAGGGUUCUGGAGUCCCAAGCCAUCAGGGAAAAUGGGCUCAGAGAUCUCUUGCGGCGUCAAGGUAAUUUCACUGUCUGUGCUGAUGAUGAUUCUUGUAUGUUGCUCUUAAACUACAUAUGGUAACUUCCAUAACAAUGAAGGUUCUCUCCCAGCUGGUUUCUGACUCAGAUUUGGUUGAUGCGAAUAUUCCUGGUGGGGCUGGAAAUACUGAAUACAGGGGGUAACAGCAUGACACCUUUAUCAAGGGUAGAUCAUUACAACUGGUCUGAGGUUAGGGUCUCUGUUUGCUCCAACCUGAGGUGCUGAGCCUGUUUAGUGGUUCUCUUUUAGGGCCAGAUUGUGAUAGCCUUACAGCUGGAGAAGUCCUACUGAAGUCAGUUGGACUACUGGUGUAGUUAGAUAUUUUUCAUUUUGUCUAAUAGUAUCACAAACUGUUCCUCAGAGACUGAUAGACUAUAUUAGAUUCCAAAACAUACAAAGAGAUAAUGUUGUCCAGCCUUGACCAGUGUAAAACAUAACCUGGAUUAUUUGUUUCCAGAUUAACAUUCUUGAUUUAUUUAAAAAAAAAAAAUUAAAAUUCCAAUCCCACCACAUUUUGCCACUGUGAUGGUGGCAAAUAGUGUUGAUCUAACUCCCUUCCUUCCUCAAAGAAAAGUAUCUGAAUUUCUUGUUUAGCUUUUUUUUGACAAACUAAUCACUUUUCUGGGCACUCUAACUAAAUCUGUGACAAGCUAAACACACUUUACUCAGAAUUAUUCACAUUCCUAAAAAGAUAUACAUUAUUGCUAUUGAAGACAAACUGUUUACACUUCUUCUAAAUAGCUGUACAUUUUUGGUACCAAAGAAUGGCUACUGAGCUUUUCUCGCAGUGAUGGUAUAUUGACUGUGUACAUUUUAGAUAGCAUUAUUCUACUGUGAGGGGCUGAAAAUAUCUCUGUACCUGUGAAAUUAUACUUGGAUCUUUUGGUAAGAUGUUAUAAAGACAUUAAUUACCCCCUUUUUAUUCACAUUAAUGUCUUAAUUAUUUAUGGCAAGAUUCAUUCAGGAAAAAAAAAUUCUACUCUUCUCCUUUUAAUCAUGCUUGAAUCAAUUAUUUUUAUAGUUAACUAAAUAUUCCACACCACACCGCUGUGGAAGGACCAGUUAUUACUUCUGCAGCCAGAAAAGCAUUAAAAUAUUUUAGGACAUACAUGCUGUAAAAGAAAAUCCUCAUGUUGACAAAGACAGGUUAAUCAAUUGUCACUAUUGAGGGAAAUGUAGCUCGAGCAAGACAAUCUCUGGGAAAUGCAAAAAGAAAGGGGGCGUGGAGGGACGAAGGAAAGGUGAAACUAGAGGCACUACUGUUUAGCCAUUGGUCAGAUUAAGAUCCGCAUCACCAUUGGUUGAACAGACCAUGUUCAUUUUUUAGCUCAUCACAACUGCCCUUAGCAGUCACACGCACAGGGUAAAAGGACAGGAAUCCGGUCGCUAUUAGGCUGCCAGGGUAGCGUUGGAAAAUCGCGUGUGUAGUACGUUGUUAGAGAACGAAUUACGAUGUCAGGCAGGGGAAAGCAGGGAGGUAAAGUGAGGGAUAAGGCAAAGUCUCGCUCCUCGCGGGCUGGGCUGCAGUUCCCGGUGGGCCGUGUGCACCGGCUGCUCCGCAAAGGUAAUUAUGCUGAGCGGGUGGGGAUUGGAGCUCCGGUCUAUAUGGCCGCGGUGCUGGAGUAUCUGACCGCUGAGAUUCUCGAGUUAGCCGGCAAUGCUGCUCGGGAUAACAAGAAAACUAGGAUCAUCCCCCGUCACCUGCAGCUAGCUAUCCGUAACGACGAGGAGCUCAAUAAGUUGCUGGGCAAAGUGACGAUCGCCCAAGGGGGUGUCCUGCCCAAUAUCCAGGCUGUGUUGCUGCCCAAGAAAACCGAAAGUCAUAAGGUCAAAAGCAAAUGAAACUGACCACGAAGAAAGAUGAACACUUGAAUUUCAGCGCUAACCCAAAGGUUCUUCUCAGAGCCAUCUACUGUCUCAUAGAAAGAGCUGCAUGUCACUAGCAAACAGGGCUGCUCCUUCUGUUUUAAAUAGAAAAUUCCUCCCAUUUAUUAUGGGUUGGCAAAAAGCAUUUAUUAGUAAUCCCCCCCAUCCAUUUUUCAGGAGUAAUGGAAGUCCCUUGGGGGCUGGGAAACUAGGCGUCAAGCCUUUGUUUUUCCAGGUUACAUAAAUAUCGAUGGGGACAAACAGAUUAUAAACAGUGUGUGUGUGUGUGUGUGUGUAUAUAUAUAUAAUCAAAAUAUUUAUUUUUCUCGUUGGUUUACUAAUUCAAUAGAAGUGAUUAUGGUGCAUUCUAUGCUGAAUCCAUCCUGUUUGACUAUAACUUUUUAAAUAUUGCCGUGACAAAAAAUAUAUCUACAAUUUCACCCAAGUUCUCAUCUGCCCUGUUUUUUUUUAUGCUCAUAUUUAAGGAACUGUUUCCCAAUUAUUGAUUGGUCCAUUUGAAUCCAAAAUAAUAGUGAAACCAUAAUUCCUCUUAAAGGGGGUCUCAAAUUCCUCAGGUACAUAGAACAGUUUUUAACAAGUUUAAUUUCAAAUAUAUGUAACACAUACUCUUUAACCCAUUCCCUCUGUAGUUUGGAUUCAUUAAAGUUUGUGGGAGAUCAGGGACGAAAUCUCUUGUUAUAUCAAAUUAACUUUAUGAUUAGAUGUUGCAUAUGAAACUGGUCUGUGGGUUCAAAAAUGUCACAAACCAAAGGAAAUAGUAACAGGAAAAAAUACCUUUUAAAAUGGCUACUCUUGAUUUAAAAUCUAAUAUAGUACCAUUAGGAAUUACUUGUAACAACACAAGGUAGCACCUUGCCAGUCAUGUGAGAGCUCUGGAUUUGAUUUAAUAGUAAGGGAAUGUUUUCUUCUGUUUCUUUCCCUGUGUGUGUUAACAUUACUGUAUAACUUUGUUCUCAAAUUUUGCAUCAAGCCUUUCUAUCUUUAAAUAGUGAUGGAUUUAGAUUAAUAAGGAAGUAAUUGAACAAUGUGUAAUAUGCAAUGUUCUAAUCUUGGAGCAGUGGUUCUUAGACUUUUGUCCUGGUGACCCCUUUCACACAGCC